UCGCCCCUCCUCACUGGCUUACCAGAUUUCAAAGCAACAGUUAGUGAAUUCCGUGGCACUGGUAACGUGUGAGUGGACGUGUUGGCGAUUGAUAUUUCCAUGAUUCUGCAAGAUAAGUGCUCAGGUGUUUGAUGUAAUACGAAGAUCUGUAUUUCAUUUACGUACAUUAUAUUGUGUAAAAAUGAGUAAAAAGUGUGCGAAGUGUGAAAAAACAGUUUAUCCCAUAGAGGAACUAAAAUGCCUCGACAAGAUCUGGCACAAACAGUGUUUCAAAUGCCAGGUCUGCAACAUGACCCUGAAUAUGCGGAACUACAAAGGAUUCAACAAGCAGCCAUAUUGUGAAGCGCACAUCCCAAAAGCAAAGGCAACCACAAUGGCAGAAACACCAGAACUGAAACGAAUUGCAGAAAACACAAGAAUUCAGUCAAAUGUUUUAUAUCAUGCUGAGUUUGAAAAAGCAAAGGGAAAGUUCACACAAGUAGCAGAUGAUCCUGAAACAUUACGGAUCAAGCAGAAUUCAAAGAUUAUCAGCAAUGUGGCAUACCAUGGGGAGCUGGAGAAGAAGGCAGCAAUGGAACAGAAGAGAGUCAUGACAGGUGAAAAUGGAGAAACUGAUGGUGAUGCAGACGAUUUAAACAUGCCCCUACCUGUGCAAGUGCCUCCCCCUGCUGAGCCCAUCAAUCAUCAUAACUCAAUGGGGGUGCAGUCCCAUCAUCACCACCAUCACCAUCAUCAUCAUAUGCCUGGAAAAAUAGCGGACUACGACCCUUUGGUGGAGGCUCCCCGUAACUCCCCCUAUUCAGCAAGACAGAGUGCUACUGUAAUCUACACUUCUGACCAAGGCCCAGGUACAGCAGACUGGAACAGACUCAACUUACCUCAGAAUAUGAUGACUAGUCCGCCCACUCGACAGGUUGGUUCCAUUGCAGACCUUGAUCCUGUCAACAAUUUUUAUGGCUCAUUGGCAACAGACUACAGACCCCCUAGCAGUGGUGGAAGUGCCAACAAUUACAAUAAUCAUAAUGUGAGCACACCCAUCAGUAACCAGAAUCAACAAACCAAGCUGACAUCUUCAGGGAGAAUAUACAAAGCAAUGUAUGACUACGAUGCACAGGAUUCUGAUGAAGUCUCAUUCAGGGACGGGGACCUCAUUGUUAACUGCACACCGAUUGAUGAGGGCUGGAUGACUGGGCUUGUCCAGCGAACAGGACAGACAGGAAUGUUGCCAGCCAAUUAUGUGGAACCAGUAAACUAAUGCACUACUGACAUUUUCUUUCUGCUACACCACUGUUAGCAUUUGGGGACACUGAGUAUGGAGAAGGAUGUUGCUUGGUUACGGUUUGUGCUUUAGUACUUGGAAGCAUUCUCUAGGAGGUAGAGUUCUUUAUUCAGCAGUUGGAAAAUUUUUGUCAGUCAUCUUUUGAGAGUGUAAACAAGUUGCUAUGUUAACAGUAGCCAUAGUCAUUAUAUCUGUUGCUUAUUCAACUUUUAAAAUUGUUUUGUUUCUUGCAUACUUCUGACUUGGUUAGGGUCGCUCGCAUUUUUAAUACUUCUCAUGAAUUUUCUUAUUUUCAAUCAAAUGGAAUCUGAAAACUUGUAAGAAUUUAUGUCAUAUAUCCCAUCUUUUUGCUUGAUACUCUUGUUCAUCAGAGUUUAUAAUUUUAAUUGUUAUGUGAAACCUUACUAAACGUUGAAAACUUGGAUGUAAAUGUAUUCUGAGCAUAUACAUCUGAGUUAGCUGUGUAUAUCUGAUCUGCCCAAGAUAGAUGUAAUAUAGAAAUUAUGGCAUGGAGAAAAAUUUUAAAAUAAAAAUUGGGUUGAAUAAGUUUGAACUUCUCACACUGCCAGACUUGUAACAAAU